AUUAUAUAUUUAGGAUUUGAAUUGGUUUUUGUUUCACUUGUUAAUAUAACACAAAAAUGGAAGCUAAAGUUGUAUGUUUUUCAGUCUUACUUAUGCUGGUUAUUUCUGUGAAAUCUCAGCUGAGAAAUAGUUUUUAUGCUUCAACUUGCCCAGGAGUAGAGGGCAUAGUAAGGUCUACUGUGCAAUCUCACUUCAAUUCUGAUCCUACUAUUGCUCCUGGCUUGUUAAGACUCCACUUUCAUGAUUGUUUUGUUCAGGGUUGUGAUGCUUCUGUGUUGAUUACGAGGUCUUCAUCGGAGAGAACUGCCUUUACUAACACUGGAUUAAGAGGUUUCGAGGUGAUUGAUGAUGCAAAGGCACAACUUGAAUCAAUGUGCCCAGGAGUUGUUUCUUGUGCUGAUAUUUUAACUUUAGCUGCUCGUGAUGCUGUCGAUUUGACUGGUGGCCCAAGUUGGGGAGUUCCACUAGGAAGAAGGGAUGGGAGAGUGUCUUCUUCAUCAGAUGCCUUAAACUUGCCUUCUCCUCUAGAAUCUAUUGCUUCUCAAAGGCAAAAGUUUGCUGCUAAAGGUCUUGAUGAUCAUGAUCUUGUUACACUUGUUGGUGCACAUACAAUUGGACAAACAGACUGCAGAUUCUUCCAAUAUAGGCUUUACAAUUACACAUCAACAGGAAACUCUGACCCUUCAAUAAAUCAAGCAGUUCUAACACAACUACAAACUUUGUGUCCUAAAAAUGGCAAUGGUUUAACCAAAGUGGCAUUGGAUAAAGACAGUCGAACAAAUUUUGAUGUAAGUUUUUUUAAGAAUGUUAGGGAUGGAAAUGCUGUGUUGGAAUCUGAUCAAAGAUUAUUGGGUGAUGAUGCAACUCGUGCAAUUGUGCAAAAUUAUGCUGGAAAUUUUAGAGGAUUGUUUGGUGUUAGAUUUAAUUUUGAUUUUCCUAAAGCUAUGAUUAAGAUGGGUAGCAUUGGUGUGAAGACUGAUUCUAAUGGUGAGAUUAGAAACAUAUGUUCAAAGUUUAAUUAACUGAGUUUAAAUUUGGUAUCACUGUAUCAUCUUUAAUUUAGUGUUAGUUCUUGUCAAUUGUCAUAAGAUAAUCGAAUUGUAAUCUCACAUGUUGUACUAGUAAUUUUCAUUUCUCGUUUUAUGCCAUGUAACUUUUUCUUGGGAACUCCCACAUUUGUGCGUGCCAUGAAUUUUAGAAAUGAGACUUUGAUAAGUGCUUGAUUAUAUAUA